GACUCAUUGUUCGAGAGGUAAGCAUUGAGAUUUCACGGCAACAAGUUGAAGAACUCUUUGGACCCGAAGAUUACUGGUGCCAGUGUGUGGCUUGGAGUUCUGCAGGCACAACCAAGAGUAGGAAGGCCUAUGUCCGUAUUGCAUAUUUACGGAAAACUUUUGAACAGGAACCAUUAGGAAAGGAAGUAUCUUUGGAGCAAGAAGUCCUACUUCAGUGUCGCCCACCUGAAGGAAUUCCAGUGGCUGAGGUUGAGUGGCUGAAAAAUGAAGAGGUGAUAGACCCUGUUGAAGAUCGAAAUUUUUAUAUCACUAUUGACCACAACUUGAUCAUAAAGCAGGCACGUCUCUCUGAUACAGCCAAUUAUACUUGUGUUGCCAAAAAUAUUGUGGCAAAAAGGAAGAGCACCACUGCUGCUGUCAUUGUCUAUGUCAACGGUGGAUGGUCAACAUGGACAGAGUGGUCAGUAUGUAACAGCCGUUGUGGAAAAGGCUUUCAGAAGCGUACAAGAACAUGUACCAAUCCAGCACCCCUCAAUGGAGGAACCUUCUGUGAAGGCCAAAAUUUGCAGAAAAUAGCUUGCACCACAUUAUGUCCAGGUUUCAUUUACCCUAUUUCAACUGAACAGAGAACCCAGAAUGAAUAUGGAUUUUCUUCUGCUCCUGAUUCGGAUGAUGUCGCUCUCUACGUUGGCAUUGUGAUAGCCGUGAUUGUGUGCUUGGCUAUUUCCGUAACUGUUGCAUUAUUCAUCUACCGGAAGAACCAUCGAGACUUCGAGUCAGAUAUUAUAGAUUCCUCAGCACUAAAUGGUGGAUUUCAGCCUGUAAAUAUAAAAGCUGCCAGACAAGAUCUCCUAGCGGUUCCCCCUGACCUUACUUCUGCAGCAGCUAUGUAUAGAGGCCCGGUCUAUGCCUUGCAUGACGUCUCUGAUAAAAUCCCAAUGACCAACUCGCCAAUCCUGGAUCCAUUGCCCAGCUUGAAGAUCAAAGUUUACAAUAAUUCGGGUGCAGUCACACCCCAGGAUGAGCUGUCGGAUUUUUCAUCCAAACUCUCUCCACAGAUUACCCAAUCCCUACUGGAUAAUGAAGCAUUAAACAUGAAAAACCAGAGCCUUGCGCAGCAAACCGAUCCAUCGUGCACUGCUUUUGGGACCUUCAAUUCUCUUGGAGGUCAUCUGAUUGUACCUAAUUCAGGAGUAAGUUUGCUGAUUCCUGCGGGGGCGAUUCCUCAGGGGAGAGUUUAUGAAAUGUAUGUGACGGUUCACCGAAAGGAGAGCAUGAGGCCACCAGUAGAAGAUUGUCAAACCCUUUUGACCCCUGUAGUAAGCUGUGGGCCUCCAGGAGCAUUACUAACUCGGCCUGUCAUUCUAACAAUGCACCACUGCGCAGAACCGAACACCGAAGACUGGAAAAUUCAGCUGAAGAACCAAGCAGCCCAGGGACAGUGGGAGGAAGUGCUGCAGUUGGAGAGGCAAAUGGGUGGACAAUUAUUGGAGGAUCCAAAGGCUUUACAUUUUAAGGGUAGCACUCAUAAUCUUCGCUUAUCUAUUCACGAUAUUACUCAUUCCCUAUGGAAGAGUAAACUACUAGCAAAAUACCAGGAAAUUCCAUUUUACCAUAUCUGGAGUGGAUGUCAAAGAAAUUUGCAUUGUACCUUCACCCUGGAAAGGUUCAGCCUGAACACACUGGAAUUGGUAUGCAAACUCUGCAUACGGCAGGUGGAAGGAGAGGGACAGAUAUUCCAACUCAAUUGUGUGGUGUCUGAGGAACCUACUGGCAUUGAAUAUCCACUUAUGGAUCCAGCAAGCACCAUUACAACCGUAGUAGGACCCUGUGCAUUCAGCAUCCCUCUUCCUAUCCGUCAGAAGCUUUGCAGUAGUCUAGAUGCUCCUCAAACAAGAGGCCACGAUUGGAGGAUGUUGGCCCACAAACUCAACUUGGACAG